GACUGAAAGGUACUACUGCGCCGCCGCCUGCACCUGCACUACACCCAAUCCCCACCGGCGCCUCGCGAGCUCGCCGGCAGCCAGCCUCCCCAGUCGCCCGCCCCCUCACACUGCUCCCCGCCCCACUCCGUCCUCGGCAGGAACAUUGAGGCCGCCGCCCGCCCUGACCCGAGCUGCUCGCCGAGGUCGCAGCCCCGUCUCGGUCCAACCAAGAGGGCGCCAAGGGUAUUUUAGGCACAACACAAAGGCCAAGAGUAGAGAAGACGGGUUCACUCUUCAUUUUGCCCUUUCCAACCUGCAACCGCCAAAUUCCCUUCGGUCCCGUCGCAGCACGUGGAGCGUGCGGCUCGUCGUCUCGGGCUAUCCUUUCUUGGAUUGCUUUGGAUUAGGAGGAGAUGAUGCGGCGCUGCGUCUCGGAGCUGGUCCGCAGACGGCGGCCGGAUCGCGCAAUUGAUACUAUGAGGGUAGGAUUCCAAUGUUUGACCAACAUUUCCUCCUCAAUAAGAACCACUGACAGCCAGAGGUGCUCAAAUAAGUAUGCAACUUCAUGUGCUACCGCACCAGAUAUUCUACCGAGAGAAGCAUCAUCAUCAGAAAUGCUUGUUGAUUCAUUCGGAAGGUUCCACAAUUACUUGAGGAUCUCCUUGACCGAGCGCUGUAAUCUGAGGUGCCAAUACUGUAUGCCUGCUGAAGGAGUUGAACUAACACCAAAGUCGGAGCUUCUAUCACAUGAUGAGAUAAUUCGAAUUGCUGACCUUUUUGUUACUUCUGGUGUGGAUAAGAUCCGAUUGACUGGUGGAGAACCAACCAUAAGAAAAGAUAUUGAAGAUAUUUGUUUACAUCUUUCUGGCUUGAAGGGACUGAAAACUCUUGCAAUGACCACAAAUGGAAUCGUUCUUUCUAAGAAGCUCCCAAAGCUGAAAGAAUGUGGACUCAAUGCUUUAAAUAUAAGUUUAGAUACACUGGUACCUGCAAAAUUUGAGUUCAUGACAAGGCGCAAAGGGCACUCAAAGGUCUUGGAAUCAAUAGAUGCCGCUGUAGAACUUGGAUAUAACCCUGUGAAGGUCAAUUGUGUCAUCAUGCGUGGUAUGAAUGAUGAUGAAAUCUGCAAAUUUGUUGAAUUGACAAGACACAAGUCCAUCAAUGUUAGAUUUAUUGAGUUUAUGCCAUUUGAUGGUAAUGUUUGGAAUGUGAAGAAGCUAGUUCCUUAUGCAGAGAUGUUAGACAAAGUGCGGCAAAGUUUUAAAGGUGUAGAGAGACUUCAAGACCACCCUACAGACACUGCAAAGAAUUUCAGGAUUGAUGGGCAUGUUGGGACAAUUUCAUUUAUUACAUCAAUGACGGAGCAUUUUUGUGCUGGUUGCAAUAGAUUGCGAUUAUUGGCUGAUGGAAACUUCAAGGUGUGCUUAUUUGGCCCCUCAGAGGUGAGUUUGAAAGAACCCAUCCGUGCUGGUGUGGAUGAUGUUGGACUAAAGGAGAUAAUUAGUGCUGCGGUUAAAAGGAAGAAAGCUAAACAUGCUGGGAUGUUUGAUAUUGCCAAGACAGCAAAUAGACCUAUGAUACAUAUAGGUGGCUGAGACCAGGCGUGCAGACUUCCCUCUCUCCCCAAAUGAGAACCAAAAUGAAUGGAGCACCUAAAGAAGCUAGACAGUUGUUGACGUGCCAAAAUGUGUUGGUUGUAUGUUGUACGCUCAUAUAUAAUGACAAUUUGUGUAACUAUUCUUCUGUAAACUCUUACAAUUUCUGAAUUAACGUUACUACAACUCCAA